CUUAACUUGCCUACCCAUCUUUUCUCUUGUUUGGAGUUGAGACAUCUGAAGCUUGAUUCUUGUUAUUUUGAUCUUCCUGCAAGUUUUCAUGGUUUUCCAAAUCUAUUGAGCUUAGAGUUGCAUAACGUACAAAUUGAAAGUGGGGAAGUUAUUGAGUUUUUUUGUCAAUGUUCUGCACUUACAAAUCUCAAAAUGUUAACUUAUUCUCUUUGUUACCUUGACGGUAAGUUGGUGAGUUCCAGUAUUAUCUUUGAGCUUCUGGGCGUUCUUCCAAAACUUCAAGAGCUAUAUUUGGAAUUUCUAUGGUGCGAGUUUUUAGAAGACGGUGCUAAAAAGAGGUCCCCUACCACCUUUCCCUGCCUCAAGACACUUAAAUUAUUAGCAAUCAAUUUAGAAAAUGGUAUUAUGUUAUCAUGUGCUUUUGAAAUGAUUAAGAGCUUCCCGAAUCUGCAGACUCUUGAAAUCACACCAAGUUAUGAGGAUGAAAAAGCUGCAAUUUGUCCUCUAGAUGUAGACUACAAUACACUGGGGAUGUUGCAGCUUCGAAGUGUUGUCUUUACAUAUAUUAAAGCUUCAGAGAGUGAAGUAUGUUUGAUAAAGUAUUUACUUGCGUGUUCUCCUUUCCUAAAAAAAGAUUGUUAUUCGUCCCCACAGCUGUCUAGUGCUCGGUGAACAGAUGAUGUUUGCUAAGAAGAUGUUGAAGCUCCAUCGAGCCUCCCCCGAUGUUGACAUCAAUCUAUGCUAGUUUUAUUUCUUUUGAACUUUUCUUAUAUUCCAUAGUUUUUGUGUAAGUUUGUGUAUGACUAUAUGCUCUUGGCAGUUGGCAACUCGCCACCACUCCUAGUUUACUUAUGUAAUCCAAGUGGAACUUGUGUUUUAGAUAUGGAUAUGGUAAUGGUACUUGUUUUGGCUGUAAAUGGGCCUUUUUGUUUUAAAAUAGCUUCAGAAAUUAAGGUUGA